CUGCCACACAUGGAUACGAUAUGGAUUGGAUGCUGUCGGUGGUGCCUCAUGGCUUGUCCAGGUGGUCUGUUGCGCUCGUCGGAGAUGGAGGAUGGGAAUUCGCGUCUCGACAUCGGCCCCGAUCCCGAUGUCGAUUUCAAUGUCGAUUUCAAUGUCGAUUCCAGAUCGAUUUCGAUGUCGAUUCGUCUGGAUGUCGAGAGCCACGAGCUGUGCAUCUGACCUUGCCUCGAGAGGGACAAUGGGCCGCGCUGUGCCCGGCGUCUUUGAUGAUGGGGGUCAACUGGGUACGAGCGGCAGCGGGUCGUGCCGCCCAGGCAAGAAGACCAAGCGGAUCGGUCCCAGCUGCCCGGACAGUGUUUGGCCCAGCGGCGUUGGGCAUUGGCCAGCACCACCCAGAUGGGCUGCCGGUGUUCCCCGACGGACUGGCUGAUAUUGCAGAGCAUUGCUGUGUGGGGGCCCUGUAUUGUGCAUGCUGGCUGCGGCCGUCGCAGCCCAAAGUCAUGGAAUCCCAUGGAAUGUCAUGGACUGCCAUGGAUUGCCACGGAUUGCUCUGGAUUGCCUUGGACUGCUCUGGAAUGGCUGGGCGAGAGUCUGCCGUCGACACAAAUCUCGGGCUGCUGGGGCCUGACAUCCCUGGACUUGGACAUGCGCUUGCCAACACCAAGGCCAUGCCUCCCCCUCCCCGGCGCUGAUGCAGAGG